AUGGAGUGCAAUGUUAAGAUUUCUACCAUCUUGCUUUUGCUUAUUCUGACGGUACCACAAGAAGGGACUAGUCACCCGGAUGGAGCACCGAUUGAGGCUUGCUCUACGUUGAUGCCACAGCACCGUGGCACCGCCCCGCAGUCGAGCGAAACCAUCCCUUACCAACUAGAUACCGACGGUGACACUUACACUCCUGGGGGAACAGUUAGAGUUCGUCUGCUGGUCACAGAGGAUCCUCGAUAUGUUUUUUUCCGGGGGUUCAUUCUCCAGGCUCGUCGAAGUGAUGACGGUACACCGUUCGGAUCUUGGCAAGUACCGCCAACAGAUGUUAUCUUUUGGAGGCACUUGCUUUGUCCUGAUACAGACUACAUAGAAGCAACGAUCACCCAUAUCGACAACACAGCUAAGUAUCGACCGCCAGACUACUUCACUUGGACCGCUCCCAAGUUAGUCCAAUCAAAUCCAGAGACCGUUGAUUUCGUAGCUUCAGUGGUCUACAACUUUACCACAUAUUGGGUUAAUCUGCAGAAGUCAGUCACACUCGGCAAUACUAGCGGUAAUGUGAGUGUCUGUGAGAGUAAUCCUUGUUUGAACGCGGGAACAUGUUUAACAUCGGUAUCUCUAACAUCGUACAGUUGCCGGUGUCAAGCUUCAUUUACUGGUACAAACUGCGAAAUUUUAAGCGAUACUGUGAGUGUCUGUCAGAGUAGUCCUUGUUUGAACGAGGGAAGAUGUUUUAGAUCAGGAGAUCUAACGUCUUACAUUUGCCAGUGUCAGGCUCAAUUCACUGGAACACACUGUGAAAAUGUUAGCGAUGAGGUGCCCGUCAUCUGUGACUCCUAUCCCUGUGAGAACCAGGGAUUAUGUUUGAGUUUCGGAACAUCGUACAGUUGCCAGUGUCAGGUUCCAUUUACUGGUACAAACUGCGAAAUUUAUACCAAUGUAUGUGCAAGUGAACCAUGUUUCAAUGGAGGUAUCUGCAUGGAUUCAGUGAUUACUUUCCGAUGUCAUUGUCCAGCUGGUUUUACAGGAACUCUGUGUGACACAGUUAGCAUCUGUGACACUUUUCCCUGUCUGAACGGGGGAAUGUGUUUGAGUUCGGGAACAUCGUACGCUUGCUUCUGUCAGGUUCCAUUUACUGGUACAAACUGCGCAGUAUAUACCAAUGUAUGUGCAAGCGAACCUUGUUUCAAUGGAGGUAUCUGCAUAGAGUCAUUGGAUACUUUCCAGUGUGAAUGCACAGCUGAAUUAACAGGAACUCUGUGUGAGACAGAUGCAGUUCCACCAACUGUCCUGUGCCCUGAGGAUCUGAUACACAAAAUAGACGUUGAAACUCGGAGCAUCUUUUUGAACUGGACGGCACCCACAGUGUUUGACAACUUUGGACAGGUUCAUCUAGUCAGCAGGUCUCAAGAUCCGGGUCUUUUUCUCACUGGAAUGUAUACUGUGGAAUAUGUGUACAGGGAUGAUGAUGACAAUCGAGAAAGCUGCUCCUUUGAAAUAGUUGUUGAGCAAGUGGACUUCACACCCUGCCAGCCAAAUCCGUGUGAAAACGGUGGUACUUGUAGGAAUGCAAGCGAACCUUAUCAAUUUGUUUGUCAAUGUGCUGAAGAUUACAGUGGAAAGAGGUGUUCAGUCACUCCAUGCACAUCCAAACCAUGUUUGAAUGGAGGAUCGUGUAGCUUCGAACAAAACAUCAUCCAUUGUCUCUGUGAUUCAGCAUUUUAUGGACGAAGCUGCGAAGUCGACCCUUGUGCAUCCAACCCAUGUAACAACAGUGGCUCAUGUGAACACUUUGGCAGUGAAAUAAGAUGCUUCUGUGCUGAUGGGUUUAUUGGAACCAGCUGUGAUGUUGACCUUGAGCACCCAAAACUACUAUACUGUCCAGAAAACAUUGUUGCAUGCAUUACGUCUGCAACAGCUGAAACAUUGUCUGUCACGUGGGCUGAACCGAUUGGUGAGGACAACUCACAAUCUGUGUCAGUGAUUUUGGACAGUCCUAAAGGCCCAGGUUCCAACUUCUCUCUGGGCAGCACCUCUAUGAUUCGUUAUUUCAUCACAGAUCCAUCAUAUAACGCUGUUGAGUGCUUAUUCAAUGUGACAGUUGAGGAUAAAGCGCCGCCGAUCAUAACUUACUGUCCAGCAAAUAUAACUCAACAAGUUACAUCUGUAACACAGCAAGGCUUAUUUAUAACGUGGAAUUUGCCAGAAGCUUUUGACCUCUCCAAUCAAAAUGUGACGAUCGUACCGGCCAACGAAUCGCAGCCGAUGCCAGGCUCAUUUUUCUCUGUGAGAUCUACUAGUGUUAUCCAGUAUAAUAUCUCAGACGUGUUGAAUAAUACAGCGUUUUGCUCCUUCACUGUGACCGUUCAUUUAUGUGUGUGCUACACAAAUGCAACGAUGCAAGCAGAGGGAAAUUUAUGUAUUAUUGACAACAGCUGCAGUAUUGAUGCCAUUCUUCAGGACAUCUCGGAAGUCCCUGUAGAUGAGGAGAAUGUUGAACAGAUUGCUGCUGUGUUGGCCAAUGCAACAGGUUAUUAUGACAGGAUCCAAACAAAUGGAGUUGGUUCUAUUGGCUCAACAAUGGAAAGCAUCGCUGCAGUUGGUUCCCCUUCAGUUCAGGUGACUGAAAUGGUUAUCGAAACUGUAGACAACAUCUUGAACGUCGCAGCUGAGAGUUUCGCCUCGAACCAAUCGGCUUCAGCAAUGAUCCUACAAGCGUUUGAAUCUCAGUUGACAAACCCACGUGACGACAUCAGUUUAACCAGAGAAAACAUUAUAGUACUGGUCGUAAACUCAAGUCCACAGAGUGAUAGUGAGAGUCUAGGUUUUGCUACCAUUCCUGAAGAUGGCAACAUUGAUGAAACUUUACUGAACAAUAAUGAAAAAUUAUUCAUUGGCGAUGAUAAGAUACCUGUGGUUGAAGCUGAAGCAUCCAUUUUGAUACCAGAGGAAGCUUUCACACCAGGGAUCGCAAAUUCUUCGGCCAAUUUUGUGGUGUACCAGAACGCCAAGCUCUUCCAGGUAGCACAAGUUAAAGGCCUUUAUGUGGACGGUCGAGUGAUUUCUGGAACUCUUUCAGGGCAAGACAAACGAGUGACGAAUCUGACAAAUCCGGUUGUUACCUCAUUUAGGCCGCUAAAUAACACCAGCACUGCCGAUCGCAUCUGUGUGUUUUGGGAUCCUACAUUGGUUGCAGGUAACUCAGUUGGUAGUUGGUCAACAAAGGGAUGUCGUCUGGCCGAGGACAGAGGUGUAGGCGAGGCAAAAGUAUGCCACUGUGAUCACCUGACCAACUUUGCAAUUUUGAUUAGUCAUGGAGGUGAUCCAAUGGAUCUAGUGCUUGAUAUCUUAAGUAAGAUUGGAUGUGGUAUCUCCAUUGCAGCUCUCAUUCUUACCAUCCUAACAACAUUGACCUCAAGCGAUCUGUCGUCAGUACCCCAGAAGACUUUGUUGAAUCUGUGUGUGUCUCUCAUCUUGCUCUAUGGAGUCUUCCUUGUUGGCAUUGAGCUGAUUCAACCACGAGUCGCUUGCAUCAUCUUCGCUGCUCUCAUCCACUACUUCUUUCUCUCAUCUGUCUGUUGGUCAUCAGCCGAGGCGUCCAUUUGUUUCUACCUGCUGGUGUUGACCCGCCGCAAUCUGGUCGGGGGAUAUCUGUUGCGAAUGAUGAUCUUUUGCUGGGGCGUACCUGCCCUGAUUGUGUUUGUCUCAUUGGCUGUACCCUACUUUGGCAGUGGUCAGUGGAAUGUUCCAGAGGGAAAAUAUUGUUUUCUUUCUCCUGGGAAUCCAAUCUACUUUGGUGUAUUGCUGCCAGUUGGAGCACUUCUCCUCUUCAAUAUCUUCAUCUACAUUCUAGUGUUCCGUCGGUUAGUUUGCCAGCGCGUCGAGAGCACCCUGACUCGUCAAGAGACACGGGCAAAGCUUGUCCUCCGUCAGGCUCGCACCAUGAUACCCAUAAGUAUCCUCCUCGGUGGAACAUGGAUCUUUGGUUUCCUGGCCAUUGAUAUCUUCUCUGUGACUUUCCAGUACAUCUUUGCGAUUCUGAACUCUCUCAUUGGCUUAGCAGUGUUCAUUUUCUUUGUUCUUAUGCGUAAGAAGGGGAGACAGGGGCUGAGGAAUCUCCUGUGUUGUAGGAGCAAGGAUUCCAUGGGUAGUAGUGGUGCGAGGGGCAGUCACUCUACUUCUGACACUAGAUUGCGAAAUAGCGGCAACAUUAAUUCCAAUACUACUUAAAGGUAUAAAAUGUAAUGGUGAAGGAAAUUAAUUGAUUGUGUCUGUAUUUGGAAGUUUACUUUUUAUACUUAACAUCCUGUAAUUUAAAAGCAAAAGUAAAUUUUGAAGCGCCACUGAUAGUCUAUAACGCUUCUCAUAUUCAAAUUUUGGGGCAUCAAAACUGAUAUCUUUUUACAUAGCCACCAAUUGAAAUGUUUCUCACAAUGCUUAAAACUAUCAAAAGUUGCUGUAGGAUAGGCUUCUAAAACCAAAAACCAACGACAGCAUCAAACCCUUCUGAGAAUAAUGGCAUGUGCAAGAAAACAUUGUAUUGUGCCUGAAGAUUUUACAAAGUAAAAUCAGCAGUAAGUGAUUGUGUACGAAACCCCUCAUGGGAAAAACCUAAACAGAUUGUUUUACUGUUGUCUCUGAUUUAUCUUUAAGAAUGACAACUUAUUAAUUAAAUUGUCAAAUUGGGUUUAUUGAAAAAUAUGUUCUAUAUAAAACUAACUGAAAUCAGUUAAGCAUAUCAAGUAGUUGCAAUUUAUCUCUUUGUUUAUGUUUUUGUUUAUUGCUGCAUUUAUAAUCAACCAUUAGUUUGAAGCUGCUUAUUUGUAAUCUGCUUUGUAUAUUUUAUUGUUCUCUUUAUGCGCUUAGAAACACUUUUGCAUUAGUGAAUUUACAAAUGUCUUUAUAUUAUUAUUAUCAUCACCACAUUCAGCUGCAUCUGUCAAAUUAGUUUGCAAUAUAGAAAUAUAAAUAAUAUGAUGUUUGUGUAUGUAUAGACAACUCUUUAUAUUAUAGACAAAAUAAGAGACUUUUGUAAAUUUGUUUUAACUUGUAUAUAUGGACCAGAGCAGGAUUUGCGUUUCGGCUUUCGUAAGAAUAAUAUGUUAACAAACCUUUGUAUAGCUGUGCGAUAAUGGACAUUUUUAUUUUUCAUUGUUUUGUUUAUUUUUUUAUUGUUUAUACACUCAGAAAUUGGUUCUUGGUCCCAGGAGGUCACUAUAAUGGGCCUUAUUGUCUGAGUGGCAAUCACAGCCCCAUUUUAUUAUUAUUUUUGUUCAAUGGUUUGUUAAAAAUCUAUUCAAAUCGCUGCCAGUUGCAGAAUAGACCGAUCCAUUAGGCUUUGCCCCUGACGCACGUGUGAGCAAGAACACAUGAGCCUCUCCUAUGCCUUUCUGCACAACUCCGCGUGUGCGCCAAGCAUACGUGCACGCAUGUCAGACUUUAUUUAUCGGACCAUCGUUGCGUUGUGAUCGGUCAAUACGCAAUGGGGCGGAGCUUAAUGGAUCGGUCUAUUACGUGAACAGUACCAUAAUUAAAAGUCUGGAGUAAAACAUUACAAUAAUAAUUAAAAUUCAAAUUCAUUGUAAUACAAAAAUUUCUGAGCAAACAAUUAGUUAGGCACCUGUUCAAACAAUUUCUCCUUUUUGGCUGGUAGCCAGUUUCUGUUAACCAAGCUUUUUUUGUGCUUAGAAAGGGUGUUUUGCUUUCAGAAAUUUGGCCCUGUACAAAAAUGUAAUCCAUGGUAAAAAUUUGUUGACCCGAUUAGGAUCAGGUAGUAUUGGAUUCAGGAGUCUUUAUAACUUUACCCAUUAAUCCAGGGCCCAAGUUCUUAGAGCUGCUUAAGCGGAAACGAGUGCUUAAGAAUGUUCCGUUUAGCAGAAAUGAGCAGGAACCAGUGAGAAAUUGUACAAGAGCAGAGUUUUGCUGGUAACUUUAUUCUGGUAAAAUUUACGCCCUUGGGGCCUAAAUUUGCUAUUUGUUCUUUUUAUGCGGGUCAUGUCCUUGUCCUGAACAUUGGUCUAAUAUACCAUGGAGGAAAUAAGUAAGGGACCAGACAGUUAUUUGUGUAUCAAAAUAUCUUUAUUUGUAUGUUUUGGUGUUUUUAAAGCUUUAGCUCCAAUUAAACACCCCUCUUAUAACUGGCGGGUAACAGCUUUAAAUUUA